AACAAACUUUACAAUGAAAUCCAACAGGACAGCUUAGAAGCGGAUGCACCGAAAGCCUGAUGAUGAAGCCUGUUAAAUUGAACUAACUUGUAUUCUAUUUUAUUAAGUUCAGAAAUCAUGCCCUUUAGAAUGGAUUGCUUAUUUCAAACCUUUGUGUUACUUUUUGUAAAUAUAAUACACGUUUGUUAUGCAGCCGGUGACUGUAAUGCUGCUGAAGACAAAGCUGAGUUAAAAAGUGAAAACGACAGUACAAUAAUAUUAUUAGUUAUCGGUCUCCUAAUUGCGACUGUGUUAACCAUAUGGCUAUUCAAAGUGAAAAGAUUCAGAUUUAUGCAUGAAACUGGCUUGUGUAUAAUAUAUGGUAUGUUGGCUGGGUUAAUUAUAAAGUAUACUGGAGGUGUCACAAACAAAGGUCAUGUGAUAAAUUUAAAUGUUUCUGAAGCACCAAAGACCUUAUGGGCUACUUUAAAAAAUUCAAAGGAGAGCUAUUCUUAUUCACUUCGUGGAAUACUUCAUACUAGACAAGUACAGGGAGGAGAGUUAGAAACAAAGGCUGUUUUUGAUCCAGAAGUAUUUUUCUAUGCUCUACUUCCUCCAAUUAUAUUCUUUGCAGGCUAUGACAUGAAAAAGAGGUUUUUCUUUCGGAAUUUGGGAGCCAUAUUGACAUUUGCUUUUGUGGGAACCACAAUAUCUUGCAUGGUGUUUGCUGGUUUGAUAUACCUUUUUGUGUAUCUGAUUGGAGCAGAAGAGUAUGGUGGUUUUUCCUUCACUGACUCGCUUUUAUUUGGCUCUUUAAUAUCUGCUACUGAUCCAGUCACUAUACUGGCCAUAUUCCAUGACCUUCAUGUCGAUGUUGACUUAUAUGCAAUGGUGUUUGGAGAAAGUGUAAUGAACGAUGCUGUUGCUAUCGUUUUAUACAAAUCAAUUCAGUCCUACCAAUGUGCAACAUUUCAUUCGCGAUCAUUCUUCCAAGCAGUUGGUAUGUUUAUCGGAAUAUUUGGAGGAUCAUUUUUAUUGGGUAGUUUUAUGGGGCUAUUUAAUGCCUUGUUAGCAAAGUUGACCAAGAUUGGAGAAUUUCCACGUCUUGAGACUGCAUUGUUUGUGUUGGUAUCAUACAGUACAUUUCUUAUUGCAGAGGUGGCGGGAUUGACAGGUAUUGUGACAGUUCUGUUUUGUGGCAUCUCACAAGCACAUUACACAUACAAUAAUUUGUCCAAAGAAUCUCAAGUCUCAACAAAAGAGAUAUUUGGAUUGUUGAACUUCUUGGCAGAGAAUUUUAUAUUCUCGUAUAUGGGUUUGACUGUCUUUACCUUCGAGCAGCAUCAAUGGAAACCUGGUUUCAUUGCAUGGACAUUUCUUGCAAUAGCAAUCUCAAGGUUUUGCAACAUCUAUCCGCUAUCGUUUUUGCUGAACUUGAAGAGAAGCAAAAAGAUACCUUGGAAGUUUCAACACAUGCUCUUCUUCGCUGGUUUACGUGGAGCUGUUGCGUUUGCACUGGCUAUAAGAAAUACUGAAGGCAUUCCGCGUCAGCUUGUUUUAACAAGUGUUUUGGUGGUUACCAUAGUAACUGUGGUGUUUAAUGGCGGGUUGACAACUUUUGUUCUGCUCAAGUUAGGAAUCAGAGUGAAUGUGGAUCCCGAUGAAGAUAUCACAACAGAAACAACUACGGAUGAGCAUGGAGCAAUUCGAGAAGAUAUUUCGUACGAACGUUCUUGGUUGGUUCGAAAGUGGCACGAAUUCGAUAUAAAAUAUAUGAAACCUUUGUUUACAAGUAAAGGUGGACCUGUUACUGCUGCUCUACCCAGUUGCUGUCACCCCGUUGCAGAGCGAUUAACAGCUGGGCACGAUGUGGAGGAGAGAUACGAAAGACAUGGCGCGCCGAUGGAUGAAAUUGGUUCCAUUGAUGAUGAAAUGAUUGACGUGUCCGGUGAAGUAAUGACCAAGUCGCCGUCACGUAACCUCUCGCAAGAAGACGCACAGCAAAGUACAGGAGGGAAGAGUUACAAUCUGCCAAUGAAUUUGAUAACGUAGAAGAUUUUUAAAGCAUUAAAUUUUUUUAUUGCAAUAUUUGUUUUGUUCGGUUUUUAUACAUUUCAAAAAAUAAUUCCAAGAAUAUUAAUUAUUUAAUUAUUUCGAAUUCAUUUAGCAAAUUUAUGAAUAUUGAUUAAUUUGAAACAUUUGUAAAGUGAAAGUUGAUUGGUUUAGAAGUUUUGCGAAGUGAGAGGAUUGAAUGAAAUUUGUUUAUACUCCUGAAUACAAAUAUAAGUUUCCAACUUAUUCUACAUUUCAAAGCCUUGCUGUUUUUUACAACAGAGAUGAAUAAGCGCCAUUUUAUUUCUGACUAGAAUUCCGAUUGUAACGAUUAGCUAGCAUUUUCAGUAGGUAUAUUUUACGACGGCUAUUAUCGUUUCAAUUAGUUGUGGCCAAACUCUUAUAGACCAGUGCUAAGGCUUUUGCUUUCUUCGCAGAAUAUAAUGCUGUUAGAGGGUAAGGUAAAAAACAUAAAAUUUUUAGGGAAUUUGAAUUAGGGAUUCAGUAGAAAUUUAGUACAGUUUUUCGCAUGUGGUGAUAAAAAGACAUGUUCUAUGGUUUUUUCUGUAUUUGGCGGUAUAUCUUACGAAGGUAAGGAAAUUUUUAAAUUCGUUUUACUAACCUUUGUACACUCUACUUAGGUUCUGAUACAUUUGCUUUGUGGUCACGUGUUUGGUUUGCCUUUGGUUGCCGCUUAAAUGGACUUAAAGUAGCGUGGUCAAUUUGCACGGUGCUCUCCCUCUUUUAUGUUUUUCAUAGAUGCUCUUCUUUCUAUUCUAGUAAUUUUUUUUUAUUUUAAUCAUGCUUGAGAUUAACUUUUUGCGAGGAUAAUUUACGCCAUUUGCUAAAAUGAAUCUUCGCAAAAAUUUAACGAAAACUCUCCGUAUCAGCAAAAUUCGCGAAAUUCGCGGAAAUGAAGAUAUUAACGGCCUUUAAUUGUGACAUGUCCAUUUUGCAAUACAGUUAACUCCUAGUAACUCGAACACCGAAUAACUCCUUAUUAUUAGCUUUCAUGAUAUCAAACCAUUUUUAUGGAUCCCUUAAUACUUUUUUAUUAAAAAUUUUGAGCCUCGGAUAACUUGCACAUUCCUUAAGUCGACCCGUUUUGGAAGUCAAAUUUCCUGGUUCUUGUACAAAAAAUUUACUAUAUAAACCCUCUUUCUUUCUGCAAUUCUCUUAAAAAGAGUUCCAUUUAAGAAUCCACGUAAUUUUUAUAGAACACUUUCUUUGCGACGUAGUGUAAACAUGCGCAUUCAUUCCUGUAGGUAGAAAAUAUAAACAAUAGACCAUACGAGUCAAAUAAAUUUUAAAAACUAAUUAUUUGUUUACAUUUGGUUAAAGUUUUUUUAAUUUCACUGCCUUUUGAAUCUUGUAUUUGUAAACAAUCUGUACAAAUAUCCUAUCCAUAAUAUCCAUAAUAGUCAUUUUACCCCAUACGGUCCCGUUUUUUGUACCUACAAGAUCGCGUGCGCAUGUCGAAAAAUUAGCAAGUUUUGUAAACAUUUACAAUUAUUUUGCGAACGUAAAUUUUCGCGAAGUAAUGAAAAAAACUUACUGCGAAUAUUAAUCUUAUUACGGUAUAGCAGAUGUUGAUUUUUUAACUAUUUAUAUAUGCACAAGUUAGAAUCCAGUUUUUUAUAUGAACUAGGUUUUUUUUUUCGUUGAGUAUAUAUUCGUAUAGAAUUUAACUUGCGUGUUUAUAAAAAUAUGUUUAAAACAAAUUAUGUA